AUGGUCCAAGAUCUUAGUUCAUAUCAUUCAGGCACGAGAAAAGUAGAUUAUUCGAAGCAUAUCAGUAAAGCUGGAAAAGCAAGAAAAGAACCUGAUUUGGAUUCUCUCGUUCCAUACUUGGUGCGCAAAGACUAUAUAUCCUUGGGUGCAGGACAACCAAGCUCUGUAAUCUGUCCUGUCGAAAGUAUGUCAGUUAAACUCAAGUCAGGCAAAACAAUAGAUCUGGAUGGGGAACUAUUGUCCGAAUGCCUAUCGUAUGGCUCAUCCGCUGGUCUUCCAUGCUUGAGAAAUUGGGUACAUGAGCUGCAAGUUAGAGAGCAUAAACCACCAGUUGACUUUGACGUUAUUAUUGGUUCUGGAUCGCAAGAUCUGCUAACUAAGGCAAUCGAUGCACUUGUUGAUAAUGGUGACGCUGUUUUAGUUGAUAAUCCUACAUUCCCUGGCAUGUUGGGCUUUCUAGAUUCGUUGAACUGCGAUGUAGUGGGUGUCAAGACAGAUGAAUUCGGUAUUGUGCCCGAAUAUUUGGAACAACUGCUUGAUCAGUGGCCAGAGACUAAUCCACAAAAACGCAGACCUCAUUGCCUCUAUACCGUCCCUACUGGCGGCAAUCCAACAGGAGCUACCACCAGUCUUAGUCGCAAGAAAGAAAUCUACCAAAUUUGCUCGAAAUAUGAUAUCAUUAUCAUCGAAGAUGACGCCUACUAUUAUAUACAAUAUCUGGAUCAAAAUCGAGUUCCAUCCUUUUUUUCUAUGGACGUAGAUGGUCGCGUGCUCCGCACAGAUACAAUUAGUAAAAUCAUGGCUCCGGGAUUUCGUAUUGGCUGGCUAAGUGGACCAAAAGAAUUGCUUCGAUGUAUAUCUGUUCAUACAGUUCUCACUUUAGUACAACCUUCAGGCAUUGGACAAGGUGUUGUAUAUUCCAUUUUAGCAAAAUGGGGCUAUGAGGGAUUCUUUCAGCAUGUGCAGUAUGUAAGCAGGAUUUUCCGUCAACGUCGGGAUGAUUUCAUAGAUUGUCUUGAACGACAUAUGAAAGGAAAAGCAGAAUGGUUUGUACCAACCUCUGGUAUGUUUGUGUGGCUAAAAUUACUCGGUGGUGUUAAGGAUUCGAACGAUCUGAUAAUGACAAAACUGUUAAAGGAAAAAGUGGUCGCUGUUCCUGGAAUGGGAUUUAUGCCUCAUAAAGAUAAGACAGAAUAUGUAAGAGUCUCUUAUAGUAAUGCAACGAAAGAAGAUAUGGACGAAGCUUUACGCCGAUUCGCUUUAGUGAUCAAUGAAGAGAUCAGGUGCUCUUCAUAA